UGCUGCGGCCCGGCCGAGCACGGGGCGAGCGCCCGGCGUGGGGAGAGCCCGCCCCGCACCGUGAUGUGGCCACAGGAGGGGCUUGCUGGGCUCCAGCUCCUGUCUCUCCCCGGAGGGGUUUAGAACAGCCACUCUUACACUUGUCAUGGAAUUAAAGAAAACUACCUCCAGGCCGUACAAUGCUGCUCUCCUGCUGCCACUUUUCCUCUUGUUUUGGGGAACUUCAUACUCUGAAAGUGACAGUGGCUGCUCCUCAUCCCCAUGUGAGAAUGGGGGGAGCUGUAAGGAUUUGGAAGUGGGUUACCAGUGCACCUGCCCCGUGGAGCCUGUAGCCUACAUGGGCACAAACUGUGAACUCCUCUAUGAUGCUUGCAUUAAACAUGACUGUCCUGCCCACAUGACCUGCACCCGGACUCCAGGACUCCUGGAAUAUGAAUGUGUGUGUAUGCCUGGCUCCGCAGGUGCUGACUGUGACAGUGUUGAUGAGUGUGAGAGCAGCCCUUGCACAGACCCUCGAUUUGAAUGUGUGGAUAGCACAGUGGGAUACACCUGUAGAUGCCAGCCGGGCCCCAGUGGAGAAGGCUGCCAGACAGAAAGCUCCGUGUGCUCCAGCCGCCCCUGCCUGAACAACGGCACGUGUGUGGAAGCUCCGGGCGGGUACCGCUGCCUCUGCCAGCCCGGCUUCAGCGGGGCCGCGUGCGGGGACGACAUCGACGAGUGCGCGUCAGGGCCGUGCCGGAACGGGGCCAUCUGCAGGGACAGGGCGGGCGAGUACAGCUGCUUCUGCGUGCCCGGCUUCCAGGGCUCCAACUGCGAGAUCGACAUCGACGAGUGCGCGUCCCGGCCCUGCCGCAACCACGGCACCUGCCUCAACCACAUGGACCACUACGAGUGCCGCUGCGCGCCCGGAUACACAGGUGUGAACUGUGAUACUGAAAUAGAUGAAUGUGCUUCAGACCCUUGCCAGAAUGGGGCCUUGUGCAAUGAUCAUGUUGGGUUCUACACCUGCACCUGUGCACCAGGUUAUCAAGGAACCCAGUGUGAGAUGGACAUCAAUGAAUGUGAGAGCCAGCCUUGCCAGAACAACGGGACAUGUCAUGACCUCAUUAACAGCUACCGUUGUGACUGCAGUGACACCGGCUUCGAGGGGGCCCACUGCGAGCUGGACAUCCUGGAGUGUGCCUCCGACCCCUGCCGCAACAGUGCCACGUGCCUGGAGGGAACCAAGGGCUACAGCUGUGCCUGCUGGCCAGGUUACACUGGGCAGGACUGUGAGGAGGAUGUGGAUGAGUGUGUGACAGAGCCCUGUCACAACGGUGGCCUGUGCCUGGAGCGCUCCAACCCAGCCCAUUACGGGACACAGCCCCACUUCCCCAGCAACUUCAGCUACAGCCAAGCAGCUGGGUUCCUGUGCCAGUGCCAGCCAGGCUUUACAGGGGAGACCUGCUUUACCAACAUCAACGAGUGCGAGUCCCAGCCCUGCCAGAACGGAGGGUUCUGCCAUGACCUGGUGAAUGGCUUCUUCUGCCAGUGCCUGCCUGGUUAUUCAGGUGUGGAGUGUGCUGUUAACAUCAAUGAGUGUGAGGAGGGUCCCUGCAAGAAUGGAGCUGUCUGUGAGGAUGGCAUUGCUGACUAUUCCUGCCACUGUGCCCCUGGCCAGGAUGGCAUUACAUGGGGAGGGAAGAACUGCUCUGUCCAGCUCACUGGGUGCCAGACACACGACUGCCAAAACGAGGCCUUGUGCAUCCCAACUUACCAAGCUGAGAGCCACGGCUACCUGUGCCAGUGCCAGCCUGGUUUCUAUGAUGCCACAUGCUCGACACCAACAACGUUUUCCUUUGCUUCCAGAGGGUAUCUCCUCGUUGAGCUGCCCGAGAACAGUGAGAGCAGGAGGGGUGCAGGAGCAGCCAGCGUGUCCCUCCGCUUCCGAACCACCUUGCCCAGCGCUGUCCUUUUUUACCGAGGCCGUGAAGCUGAGUACUUGUUCCUGGAGCUCUUGGAUGGCAUCCUGCAUGCAGAGCUGAAGAGGGAGGAUGUUGGGUACUCGCUGCUCCUGGAGGGGCUGAGAGUGGACGAUGGCCAGUGGCAUAAAGUAGAAGUUGUUGUGCACAGCACGGUGCAGCUGAAGCUCUGGCACGGCUCUUGUGAGGCCGGGGUCUGCCUGCAGAGCUCUCCUGUCCCACCAGGCACUGCUUUGAUCCCACAAGCCUUCCUGAAUCUGUAUAUUGGAGGUGCUGAGGAUCCAAUGGCCAACAACACACGGAGCCAGCAAGGCUUUGUGGGCUGCUUGGAAGACUUGCAGGUGGACACUGAGGCCGUGCUGCCGGCGGAUCUGCCGCUGGGGGAGAAGUCCCCAGUGAAGCCGGGCUGUGACCGCACUGAGUGGUGCCUCUCCCAGCCCUGCUUCCACGGAGGGCUCUGUGUGGACCUUUGGGCCACCUUCAGGUGUGACUGUGCCAGGCCCUACGGAGGCCCAGCUUGCUUGUAUGAGCACCCAGCAGCAACAUUUGGCUUAGAGAAUUCCACCAGCUUUGCCUCUUUCACCCUUUCUGACAGCCUUGGUGCAGACUUCAACCUCUCCUUUUUCCUGCGGAGCCGGAAGCCCGACGGUUUGUUACUGCAGAUCUGCAAUGGGACAGGCCCCUGCCUCACCCUGUACCUGAGGGAUGGCCAGCUGAGCAUAGAGAUGUCACCCACGGACACUGUGACCUUCCCAGGGAAUGUGGCUGAUGGGAGAAGGCAUUUGGUAGCCCUGUCCUUCCAGGGAGGCUCUGUUGGUGCCCUGCAGUCAGACACACACGUGGAGCUGGGGACACUGCCAGCACAAGCCCUGGUAGCUGGCUCGGAAGUGUUUAUUGGGGGGCACCCAAACCCCGAAAGUGCUGAGCUGUGGGGGGGCUAUUUCAAGGGCUGUUUGCAGGACAUCCAACUCAACAGCCACCAGAUACAGUUUUUCCAGGUGGAGAAUGACAGUCUGCCAGAGGAACUCAAUAGGACUCAGACUGGAAAUCUUGUGAAUGGCUGCAUCUCUGAUGAUACCUGCAAGUCUGAGCCAUGUCAGAAUGGUGGCAGAUGCAUUGUCACUUGGAAUGAUUUCCAUUGCAGCUGUCCAGCAAAUUUCACUGGGAAAUUUUGUGAAGAGAAAGUCUGGUGUGAAAGUGACCCAUGUCCUGAAGCCACCACCUGCAUAGAUGUUGUGGCAGGAUAUGUGUGUCUGGCUAAUGCAACAUUUAAUAGUUAUGCUGCCAUAGAAUUUACCACCAACACAUCAGUGACCAGAACUCUGAGUAGCCUCCACAUGGACUUCAGAACCAGGGAUGAAGAUGCUGUUUUGCUUCGGGCUGUGGAAGAGGUGGAUUCCCUCCAGGUAGCCAUUAAGAAUUCCUCCCUGCUUGUUGACAUCAGGAGCGGGAACAGCAUCGAGGGUGUCAGCUUCCUGAGCCCACAGCCCGUCACAGACGGGGCCUGGCACAGCAUCUCCGUGUCCAUGGAGGAGCCGGCCGCACUCUCCUCCCGGUGGCUGCUCUGCUUGGAUGGGUCAGUGAACGUCACUCUGCAGGGGAGCGCCGGCAACUUGGACUUCCUCAAGAACAACGCGUUGGUCGUUCUGGCUGAAAAUUUCACCGGCUGCCUGGGCCGGGUGCAGAUCGGGGGCAUCUUCCUGGCCUUCCCGGCCCACUGGCCGUACCCACAGCCCGAGCAGUUCCAGCGGGCCAGCCCGGGCAGUGUCCAGCUGGGCUGCUCCGGGGCCGACGUGUGCGCUUCCAACCCCUGCCUCAACGCCGGCACCUGCGAGGACCUGUUCAACUCCUUCCGCUGCAGCUGCAGCAGGGGCUGGGCGGGGCAGCGCUGCGAGGCCAACAUCGACGACUGCCAGCCCAGCCCCUGUGUCCACGGGGACUGCGUGGAUGCCGUGGCAGACUUCCAGUGCGAGUGCUUCCGGGGCUUCAUCGGGAAGAGGUGCGACAUCAACGUGGACGACUGCGUGCGGCACCAGUGCCUGAACGGAGCCACCUGCAUCGAUGGCGUUUACGGAUACUCCUGCAAGUGCCCCCCUCAGUACUCCGGACCUCGCUGCGAGUGGCCGUUCCCCCCUCAGCAGUGUGGCAAGAACUUCACCUGCCUGAACGGCGGCAGGUGCGUCACCGAGAGCUGGGGAGCCAACUGCUCCUGCAGGCCUGGCUUCACGGGAAGGAACUGUCAAAUCAACAUAAACGAGUGUGACCCGAACCCGUGCCAGAACGGGGGCACGUGCCAGGACUCUGAGAACAGAUACGAGUGCGUGUGCAGCGCCAGCUACACCGGCGAGCGCUGCGACAUCAACCAGCGAGUGUGGGCGCACCUCAGCCACUCCUCCGUGGUGGGAGCAGUCGGGGCUGCGGGGGCUGCCCUGCUCCUCGCAGUGGUUGUAGCCACGGCGAUUGCCAUGAAGAGGAGGAGAGCGACUCAGGGAACGUACAGCCCGAGCCGGCAGGAGAAAGACGGGUCCCGAGUGGAAAUGUGGAACGUGAUCAAGAUGCCCCCGACCGAGCGGCUGAUCUGAGCUCGGGGUCACGCACGGAGCUGCCGCAGGCGCUGCCCAGGGGCCGUGGGCUGCGGGGGCAGCUCUGCACGGCCCCGAGUCCGAGCUGCUGGCACUGCCCGCUGGCACUGCCCGCUCCCACCGCUCCAGCGCGCUGCUUAGGGCAGCUCAUCCCACAAACCAUUCCUAUCAAACUGCUCUGGCAGCAAAAGCGGCAGCGCUGGGGAGGAAAAACCCCACUGCUGAGGGGAGGGGGAGGGAGCAGUGGCUGUGGCACAGGGGGGACACGGAAGCAGACAGGACCCAGGGCUGUGGCACAGCCAGAGCCGGCCGGGCCCCUGCUCCUCCUGCUCGCGCUGCUCGGCGCUGUGGGAACGGUCACGGCCGUGCAGGCAACAGAAAAACCACCCUGAGGCAGGUCCAGUGAAUGGGAAUUAAAUCACUCUAUUCAGAAAUAAUGUGAAUAAUAUGGUUUUUUUAAAAAGACACGUGCCUGUGGCUCCUCUGCAAGGCUAAGCCAGGUGAGUGAGUGGUGGGAAAUCCUAGAGCUGCUGCUGCCCUUCCAGCUGGGCCAGAGUUGGCACGGCCAACUGGGCUGUGCCAGACAUGGCUGCUGGAGCUUUCCCUGAGACCAGACCAAACCACAGGAAUAUUUUAAGUGCCUUUCUGAUCCUGAGGUGCCAGUUACAGUUUCACCUUUAUGAAAGGAGGAUGUUUCUAUGUUGUUUGAUCUGGCUCUGCCACACCCCGAGCAGGGGCUCAGAGCUGACCACAGAACUGACCCUUGUGAGAGCCAGGAGCUGAGCAUCAGGUGGUAUUUGCUGGGGUGAGGAGGGGAGAACGGAAUCGUUCUAGAACUGACCUCUCUGGACUGACAGGCUUGGCCUUGUUGGUACAGAACAGUGGAAUUCAGCUAACCAAUCCUUUAACCCAAGCCAGCGUUGGUGUGACACAGCAUCUGCUUUCCACUGCCCUGAAAAGGGGUUUGAUUUUGUGGCUUCACUUCUCCUGUGUUACUGUUUUAGCAGUUGAAUGUGCUGUUUCUUCUUUAGCAUAAUGUGGCAGAGGCUGUGGAAGGAAAUGCAGCACAGCACACCAGGUAAGGUCUAAAGUCAUUGGUGUUUCAGGAUAAUCACUACAAUUGUCAAUGAGGAGUAUUUUAGAACAGGGUCUGCUUUUUAAUCUCCAUUAUUGAAAAUCAGGGUGGGAACCUCCCCACUGUAGCUCAUUGCCACAAAAAUAUGCUGUUUCUUCUGGUCUGCUUUUGGAUUUAUCUUUUUUCUACUGUAACUGUAAAUGUUUCUGUAAUUCCAAGCAAAGGGAGGAGCAUGGAACUACUGCUCAGAUGUGUCUGUGUAAGAAUGGGUCUCUGCACACAGGCACCUGCUGACAGAAGAAUGACAAUUUUAGAAAAAAACAAAGGAGUGUCUGUAAGAUCACUUUCCCUCCAGUAGUGGAGAAGAGUUGAAGGUGUGAUCCCAGCUGGCUGUGUCUGGGAGGCACCUGGAGCAUGCGGUAACAGAGAUGCCCUGGCUGCAGGUGGGAGCUCGCUGCUGCUUUUCUCAGCAGUUUAUCAGCGGUGACUCUGCUGGCACUGUUCUGUCACUGGUUUGCUCUGGACAUUUUCCAGCUGCUCUUUGGGGAGCGGAGCCAGUGGCACCGUCCGGUGCCCUUGUGGCAAUGGGGCUUUGGGAGCAGGUGAGUGGGGUUUUCCUGUGGCUUUGAGCACAGGAGGCUCCAGGGCAGCAGACCUGUGCCAGGUCAGUGGGGCUGAGGCCCCACACGAGGCUGGAGCUGCUCGGCACAGACAGAAACUCCUCCUUGGCCCGAGGGAAGGGGAGUGGGGGACUCUCCCGGCAGGAGCAGGGGUGGGCACAGCCCCGGGGGCCCCUGUGCUGCCAGGCAAAGGCCGCUGUGCUUUCCUGCAGCCCGGGGGGUGCAGUAACCUCCAGGGGGGUUUGGGGUCUCUGCCACCUCCACCCCAGCACCCUAGGGGCAGGUCCCGCUUCUGCUUUUUCGCUCCACUCCACAUUUGGUGUUUACACUGUACAGAAAGGAGGCAGCAGCAGGAUCUAGAAGAGCCCCUGUUCCUCCAGCCCGCGGGAUGCUGAACACCAGGCCGUGUUCCCAGAGCUCCCCGAGUUCCUGCAAAUCCCUGGAGCCCCCGGCAGGUCCGGCUGUGCAGGGCUGCACUCCAAGCACCCAAAGCCAGUAUUAGCAAAGGCGUUAAAAUAAUCUGUCAGUGUCUUGAGCAUUUCUGCAAAAUAAUUUAUGGAAGGUGGGUUUUUUUCAAUAAUGAACUUAACUUUCUUUUGUUAUUUAAUUUUUGAAUAUAUUUUUUCACAAAACUGGACUUGCUGUAGUUAAUGAUCAUGAUCCUGAUUUUUUAAUGGUAAAUUUUAUAAUUUGUAAAUAAUUAGAAUGUCCUUCAAAAGAAAUUUACAAUAAAAUUUGGUUAAAAACA